CCCUAGUGCCGGAGAACACAAGAUCUACUGACUCACACAGGAAAAUCCAGAGCCGGCAAAAUGGUUGAAUGGACAGACUUCGAGCGCGCCACCAUCGCGGACAUCUUCUCCAAGAUGGAGUAUGAGGUCGUGGGCCCUGCAGCUCUUUCCAGGUGUCUGGUCGUCUACCCCUGGACUCAGAGGUAUUUCGGAAACUUUGGAAACCUCUACAACGCCGCUGCAAUCCAGGCAAACCCUUUGGUUGCAAAACACGGAACCACUAUCCUCCACGGUCUGGACCGGGCUUUGAAGAACAUGGACAACAUCAAGGAAACCUACGCUGAGCUGAGCGUGCUGCACUCUGAGAAACUGCACGUGGACCCUGACAAUUUCAAGCUGUUGUCUGACUGUCUCACAGUCGUGGUCGCUUCUCGGAUGCGUAAAGAGUUCACUGCUGAAGUGCAGGCAGCUUUCCAGAAGUUCCUGGCUGUGGUGGUGACCUCCCUGGGAAGACAGUACCAUUAGAGAGCUGCAACAGAAGACACAGACAUGCAAAUGAAUUGCUCUUUGUUUUUGUCUCAAAAGCAAAUAAAA